AUGUCUCCAAGAAAAACCCGUGGGAAGAGUCCAGUUCCCCGGAAGAGGACACCGAGGGCAUCAAGGACUCGGUCGAGAAUACAGACCGAAGAAGAGCAGCAAUUCCAUCCCGACACUCUACGGGAGAAGUUGGAAUACGAAAGAGCAACGAACCAGGUGCUGAGGUCUGAGAUUCAGGCUCUUAAGCACAAGAACAGACAUCUACGACAACGCCUGAAGGCGAUGCAUUGCAUACUCGACAUGGAGCCUCAGGAGGCGGCGACACGACCUCUCGCUUCUCCUGGUCCAAGGAGGAGAAAGCGUGACAUAGCAAGGCCAUACGUGGAGAAGGGUCUCAUGAGCGGGACGAUCUACAUGUUGGGAGAGGUUGUAGACUAUCUUGUAUGUUUUGAAUCAAAUCUAGCGAACAUCGUUUGUAAAGUUUUCUUGGAUCAGGUGGUGUGGGGUUGCCUUUGGAACUUCUCUUACAUCUUCCUCAUGAAUUUGGCGACAGACAGCCCUGGCUUUGGAUACAUUGGGGAAGGGUUGGGCAUGGACUUGCACCACGAUCUUGCUAAGGGAUUUACAUCGGCUUUCAAGAAAGCGAUCUACUGGAAAGUUCAUGUUGAGUUGCUCCAACAGGGGCUCAAGAUGCUUCCGAUGGACAUCAUCUGCUACUCCGUGAUCCCUCUGAGAUUAAGGGCCUUGUGGACGGCGUGUGUAGAUGUGUCGUGGGUUACCAUUCUCAGCCGCUACGAUUGA